UGCUUCAGAUGCCAUUUUGAACCGUUUACAGCCUGAAUUCGUUAACCCUUCUUAUUAUUUCAAAAAAAUGACGAUGUUGAGAACAUCUAUAGUGACUUUGCUCUUAACGGGUCUUUUAAGUAUCGUUACAGCUAUCUGCCCCCCAGAAAUUCUGACUCGACCCUGCACGUGCUCAAACAUUGACGGAAAUUUCCUUCGCUGUGAGAAUAUAACAGAAACAAAUGUUUUAAACGGUGUAUUUCGUCGAACUACUGGUAUAUUCUUCAACCAUCUGCAACUGGUUAAAGUAAGCAUUGAAUCGAUUCCGGCACGUUCCUUACUUGACAAGCAGAUCAAGACGAUUGGUAUCGUGGAUUCUAACUUGACAAAGCUGUUUGACAAAACACCACCUCCUUCAAACAUCUUACGAGCUAUAAAUCUGAUGAAUGUGAAAAUGCAAGACUCUAUCCAAUGGAAUCAAUUCAAAUCUCUAAAGAGCCUCAUUCUAUUUCUGGCGAUCGGAGUUGAGAUUCCUGUUUUGGACAAUACUUUUAAAAACAACGUAAACAAAAAUUUAACUUAUUUUGCUCUUUCAAACACCAGUACAGUGCAUAUUGUUGAUGGAGUAUUAUCAGAAUUAACAAAUCUAGAAGACGUUAAGAUUCAAAAGAAUCCACUGGCAACAUAUAAGAGAAACUAUUUUUCCCGGCCUUCCAAUAUAAUAGUCUUAGAUUUAGACGGAAACCAAAUCGAAACUCUACCAGCCGAUGCUUUCUCUCAGAUGCCAAGACUCCAAGCUCUUAGUUUGAAAAACAACAAAAUCUCGACAAUUCCAGAUGGAGUAUUCUCGCAAAUCAAUCAUAAGCUAAGCUAUCUAGAACUAGAAGAUAAUCCGCUUAAUUGUGACUGUGGUUUCAAAUGGAUCAUUUCAAAUAAACCGAAAUAUUCAUUGACAGGAAACUGCGCAACGCCUGAAAAUUUAAAAGGAAAAACAAUUAAGGAUUUAGAAAGUGCUGAUCUUACUUCUUGCCAUUAA